GGACAACCAGGAAGUCCAAGCCACAAUGAUCCUGCCAAGAAUCCACCAGUGUACCUUGAGGACAGUUUUGUGAAAUCCGGAGUGUUCAACGUGUCAGAACUUGUGAGGGUGUCCAGAACACCCAUAACCCAGGGAACUGGAGUGAACUUCCCAAUUGGAGAGCUUCCGAGCCAGCCAUAUUACCAUGAUAUGAAUUCGGGUGUAAAUCUACAGAGGUCCUUGUCCUCUCCACCAAGCAGCAAAAGACCCAAAACUAUCUCCAUAGAUGAAAAUAUGGAGCCAAGCCCAACAGGAGACUUUUAUCCUUCUCCAAAUUCACCAGCUGCGGGGAGUCGGACAUGGCAUGAAAGAGAUCAAGAUAUGUCUUCUCCUACAAUGAAGAAACCUGAAAAGCCUUUGUUUAGUCCUACUUCUCCCCAGGAUUCUUCACCGAGACUGAGCACUUUUCCCCAGCAUCACCACCCAGGAAUCCCAGGAGUUGCACACAGUGUCAUCUCAACUAGAACUCCACCUCCACCUUCACCAUUGCCAUUUCCAGCACAAGCUAUUCUCCCUCCUGCCCCGUCUAGCUACUUCUCUCAUCCAACGAUCAGAUAUCCUCCCCACCUGAAUCCUCAGGAUACUCUGAAGAAUUAUGUACCUUCUUACGACCCGUCCAGCCCGCAGACUAGCCAGCUUAAGACAAAUACUGGUGCUGAACGACGCGGCAGCACGACCAGGGCAGGUCCUAGCCCCGCACCUCCCGCAGGCUGGCCGCCUCUGUGGCCGCGCAGGGCCGCCAGAGAUGAAGCUCCUGCUGCAGGACACAGCAAGGACUGCGCCGAUACCUACGCGCGCACGCAUCCACACACACGGGCAUACAGGUAUAUUUAUAGACCGACAAUAAAAGGGCCUAUGCCUGGUCAGUUUAAUCCUGCUAUCGUGGGAUUUACUGUGGUUCACAGCCACUGCGUGAACAGCAAAUAUAUUUUGACACAAUCUGAUGCAUGCUGCAUCCAGAAAGAAAUAAAGCUUACCAAAAAGUACUGCUACUUAAGCAUGUACUACCUAUCUGAGGAGCGAUCUGCUGAAAAAUACCACAUAGAAAUUCAUAGCCUUGUUAGAACGGCGCAUUCCAGCAUGCAGCAGUUAGGGAAAGUGCCUGGCCAUUUUACUCCAGUUUUGGCACCCUCUCCCCAUCACAGUGCGGUGCGACCUGUGACCCUGACCAUGACAGAUACUAAACCCAUCACUACAUCCACUGAAGGUGAGGCAUCUUCACCUACAGCAACCACCUACACAGCCUCAGGCACAUCCCAAGCCAAUCGAUAUGUGGGACUAAGCCCAAGAGACCCAUCCUUCCUACACCAGCAACAGCUGAGAAUUUGUGACUGGACCAUGAAUCAAAACGGCAGGCAUUUAUACCCCAGUGCCAGUGAGGAUACAUUGGGAAUUACUUGGCAAAG